AUGUCAUACCUCUACGACUUCUUCUACGGUGGUUUCAGACCUGCGAGCAAUACCAACGAACAGCCUAUCAAGGAUGACCAGGCUCUGAGAACAAAGCUGAAGCGUACGAGAUACAAAAUCUCAUCCUUGGUGAUGUUAACUAACAGACAACGUGCAGAGGCCAGCAAAAACGUCCCCAAGUAUCUCUUCCGCAUGUGGGAUGCACGCUCUGGCGGUAACUCCAAGCUGAACACGACCAAAGCCGUCACGCCCCUCGCCUUCGCCUCCUCGAAGGGCCACAACUCGGUCUAUGAUAUGACCCGCACCGAGUUCAUCACAAACACCUCUUUGCAUCUGACAGGCUGCGACAGCGUCGUGACCGAAUUCUCGUCCUGGUCCCAUUCACCGUACUUUGCAUUCUACUUUACUAUGCAGCGAAGCUCGUCUGGUACUUUCCACGUCGCCAUCAUGGAUACCGAAGAACUGGCCAAGUCGAACCCGGCAUUCCACGUUCCCGCCUUGGGCAAAAUCUUCGGUAAAAGCUACGGAUACGUAUAUGAAGAAGAGUAUCUCGUGCACGGCGUGAUUGAGGGACAGUUCUACAAGGCCGUGCCUUACAACCAGCUUUGUAAGCUGGGUCUGCUCAAGCAACUGCCCGGACUCAACAAGAGCGGCAUCAGUGCCUCCAAUCCCAAUGCCUUCCGUCUUCUCCCCGGCGAAGAAGAGAACUACACGACUGACGAGCUGCGCCAACUCAGAAAGAUCGUCUUGCCCUACGGCGACACUUUCUCCCUUCCCAUGGCCAUCGUCCUCUUUUGCUGCAAGAAGCGUCCUGGAUACUGGUCCGAACUCAGCGCCUCCGACCUCGACACUAUCAUCACAGUGCUUGGUGGCUGGGAGAAGAUACCGCAUGACUGGUGCAGCUCUCGCAGUGUGUUCAGCAAGAACGUCUACCCAAAGAACUGGGAUGCCAACGAGCAGGUUCAGAAUCUCAUGGAAGCACUAUACACUCAUUGCUAUGGCAAGGGUGCUAGAGGCAAUGAGAAGAGGUAUGCUGCCAGGUAUGCAAAGGCUGAGGUUGAUGAGGAGGAUAUCAUCGGAGCCAUGGCUUCUAUGAGUGUCAGUCGUGGUGAUGCUGAUGAAAUAUCGACUGAAGGUGGCGCAGAGCAGACGUUGGCCAGGAAGCCCACACAGAAUGGAGCUCGAGGCUUCACGGGCAAUAAGUAG